AUGGCAACGGCGUACGGGCAGCCGUCGGUGGCUCCGAUGUAUAGUCUCUCCUCUAAGCUCAGACCUUUCCUUUCUCUCUCGCCGUCCAAGCGGAGUCUGUCGUUUAGCGCUCUUCCGGCGAACAAGGCCAUAGACGCGGCGUUGAUGAAGGACAAGUGGUUGGAUUCCCUCUCUCUCCCCUCACCACACAACGAGUCGACUCGGGAGAAUGCUGAGUCGAGCUGGGUCCUUGGGAUUGACCCUGACUUGUCCGGCGCUUUGGCUCUCUUGAAAACCGACCACAUGGUUGGCUCUUCUUCUGAAGCUCAGGUGUUUGAUACUCCUCACCUCCCAGUUUUAGUUGGGAAAAGAGUUCGAAAACGUUUGGAUGCAAAGUCAAUUGUGCAAUUGAUUCAGAGUUUAGAUCUUCCCUCUGGAAGUAGAGCAUAUAUAGAGCAAUCGAAUCCCUUUCCCAAAGAUGGGAAACAGGGCUGGUACAGUGGAGGAUUUGGAUAUGGAUUAUGGAUUGGAACACUCGUUGCGUCUGGCUUUUCUGUCGUUCCAGUUCCUGCAUCCUUGUGGAAGAGGCAUUUUCAACUCGCGGGUGGAAGCUGCGCAAAGGAUGAUAGCAGACGAGUUGCAUCAGAAUUGUUUCCAUGGCUUAGUUCGCAACUCAAGAGAAAAAAAGACCAUGGUCGAGCUGAGGCACUUCUCAUUGCUGCAUAUGGUGAAGCCCUUAAUCCAGUUAAGUUGCUGAAUCCGCCGCAAGAAUUGGUCUCUCGCAUUAACUACUUAGAAAACUAG